AUGCAUCUUUCAGUACAUAGUGGAAAUCACACCAUCACACAAUUGAUGUUUUCAGGUCAAGCAAAACUACGGAAGUUUCUAGACUCAUUACUCUCACUACAAAACACUCUUUUGGAGCAGAACAAAGACAUUACAGCAGCAAAUUCUAAAAAUUCUCAACAACGUCUAGGCGAUUCAGUAGAGUCAGAUGAAGAAAUUACAAGUGACGUGGACGAAAGUCAUUCGAGUGCCGGAAAAGCCAACGGCGACAUGUCUGAUGACGUGUCAAACGCUACUGAUGAUGAGGUGGGAAAGGACGAGAACGGAGAAAGCAGCAACUUUGUUAGCAAAACAUCGAACGAGCAAAACAGGAAACGACAUCGAUCAUGGAGUCUUCCACGUGGAGUGUCAUAUGACCAGCAUGUAGCUAAACUACAGAAGUCAUUUGAUGAGUACCGAGACUCUGUGAUAACAAAAUGGGAUGAGAAGCUACGAGUGGCAACAGGAAAAUUCAGCAGCAAGUCGUUCUUAUCAAGAAAUCAGAGCACGAUGAGUCGCAUUAAACAGAUUCUAAAUGAUCGUGAGCGCCUUAUAAGACGCACACAACUUAAGAGGUCAACCUACUGUGUUAUGGGGAGAGACGAGGAUCAAGAGGUUAUUGGUGAGGAUAGAGAUGCUCACCUUCGGGAUUAUGACCCUGAAAUCUUUGACGACGACGAUUUCUAUCAUCAGCUACUAAAGGAGCUUAUAGAACGACAUGCUACUAGUGCUAGUGAUCCCUUCGCUAUAGACCGGCAAUGGCUAGAAGUCCAGCGAAUGAGAUCGAAAGCACAUAGAAAAGUUGAUACGAAAGCAAGCAAAGGACGGAGGAUUCGUUUCGAUGUCCACCCGAAGUUACAGAGCUUCAUGGCUCCAAUUGAAACAGGCUCAAUGCCUGAUUCAUCAAGAAAUGAUCUCUUCAGUUCUUUAUUUGGAAGACGGCCAGUGCAGGCGUCAUCCAAGAAAAUCACUUGACAAAGUAUGUCAAACAGUGUGCUGUCAUACAGCGAUAUUUACAGAAUCCACAGAUGCUGUGAUUUAGAGUAAAACAGAUUGUAGCAGUAAAAUCAAGAAUUAUUGUUAGAUAUUAAUGGAAAGUCUUUGCAUCAUGUCACUGUG